AUCUUGAGUAUGAAAACUUUACAGCAGCAGUAGCAACGCGGUGUGUGUGUGUGCACGCGCGCUAUGCUCUCAGGUCACCAAAUGAAUGGAUCAUGCUCGCGUAUGGGCGAUUUUUCCAUCAACAUCUAAUUUUGGAUUCAAUGCAUUUAUCACUCGGGAUCAGUGAUGACUUGGCUUCUGGUGUGGGUUCUUCUAGUUGCUUGUGUACCACAGAUUCACAGGGCAUUUGCCCAGGAUUCUUCUAAGAUGCUGUCCAUACCAGAGCCCAUGACCCCGGAGCCCUAUAACCGCACCCAGUACUGCCAGUGGCCCUGCAAAUGCCCUAAAACUCCCCCCACCUGUCCGCCAGGUGUUAGCCUGAUCACGGACGGCUGCGAUUGCUGCAGAGCAUGUGCCAAACAGGUGGGGGAGGUUUGCAACGAGAAGGAAAACUGUGACCAUCAUCGUGGCCUUUACUGUGACUACAGCGCAGACAAGCCUAGGUACGAAAAAGGAGUAUGUGCGUAUCUGCCAGGCACUGGCUGUGAGCACAAUGGUGUGAUCUAUCGCAACGGCCAGAGCUUUCAGCCCAAUUGCAAAUACCAGUGUCUGUGUGUUAAUGGGGCGAUCGGAUGUGUCUCGCUGUGUAAUGAGUCUCAGCCCCCCAGGGUCUGGUGCCAGAACCCACGGCGAGUUAAAAUCCCCGGCCGCUGCUGUGAGCUGUGGAUCUGUGACGAGUCCAGGAGGGGGCGCAAGACAGCGCCUCGACACACAAUGGCCGCCCUAUCUAGUGUAAAGGACAGCUGGAACAAGAACUGUGUGACCCAGACAACCUCGUGGAGUCCCUGUUCAAAGACCUGCGGCCGCGGAGUGUCUUUACGCGUAACUAACAACAACAAACAGUGUCAGAUGGUCAAAGAGAGCAGACUCUGCAACAUCCGGCCUUGCAAAGUGGACAUCACAAAGCACAUCAAGCCUGGAAAGAAGUGCUUGAACAUCUACAGGGCGGAGAGGCCACACAAUUUCACCAUCUCCGGCUGCACUAGUACAAAAACAUAUUGGCCCAAAUUCUGUGGAGUGUGUACAGAUGAGCGCUGCUGCAUCCCCUUCAAAUCUAAGACUGUUGAGGUCGAUUUUCAGUGCCCGAAUGGAUCCGGCUUCACCUGGCAGGUCAUGUGGAUUAACGCCUGCUUCUGCAACCUGAGCUGUAAGAACCCCAAUGACAUAUUUACAGAUCUAGAGCAGUACCACGAGAGGAGUGAGAUUGAAAAAUGAGUGACCUUGAUGAAAAGUCAAUAUUAAGAUGUUUUUUUUGUUAAUAUUUAAUCAACCAUCAUCAUUAUUUCCUAUGUAAGACUUUUUUCCUAUUGGAAAUAAAUAUAAAUAAAUUGACAUAUCCUAAUAUAUGCUAUUUUAAGACUAUGGCAUUUUUUCACAUUUGUUAGGUUAUUUCAACCAAGAUUAUUAAAGUUUUUGUCAAAUUGUGACAGAUAAAUCCUUAUGUACAAAUUAUGCAAGUAAUAGAUAUGUAAAAAGACAAGUUCUGUAGUUAGAAGUCUUAAUUUAUGCCAAGUUUACAUAUAAAGAUUCUAUCUAUUGAUUUUUGUAUUUUCAUACCUUUUUAUGCUCUUAAAUGACUCCUUGGAGUGAGUUAUGCCUUAGUUUGACUUUCCAUAUACUAUAGCGUUGUGUUUGGAGUUGUCAAAUAAACACAGACCAAAAAACUGA